CUCCACCUCAACACAUCGCUUCACACACGAGAUCUCAUCGAUCAGUCACAGUGACGCAGUGAGCACUAGCUUCCACUGCUCGCAUCGCUUGUCAUCAUCAUCAGUUCAUCACCAAUGGCCACCGUCGAGGUCCAAGCAGUCGCCGCCGCGCCUAGUCUGGCGGCGGAGGAGGCUCCGGCCGUGGUGGAGGCUGUCCAGGACCAGGAGCCGGUCGUCGCCGCCGUUGAGGAAGAAGAAGCCACCGCCGCCGCCGCUGCGGCUGCGGCUGCGCAGGUCGAAGAGACAAAGCCGGCAGAUGAUCAGGCUGCGGCUGCUCCGGCGGAGACUGUGGCUGAGGCCGAGGCAGAGGCCAAAGAGGCAGAGCCUGCAGCCGCCGAGGAGGCCGAGCCGGAGGCGGAGACGGCGCCGCCGGCGGCGAUCGCCGAGGCCGAGGCAGGUGAGGCGAAAGAACCGGAGCCAGAGGCAGAGGCAGAGGCGGCGGCCGCUCCCGUCGAAGAAGCUGCUGCGGCGCCCGUCGAGGUGGCGGAGGAGGCUGAGGCGGCGCCACCGGCCGCACCCGAGGUGGCUGCCGUCGAGGCCACCGAGUGAGCUGGCGAGAGAUGGCGAGCCGGAGAUGAAGCUGAUGGCUGCCGGCGGCGGCGGCGGCGGCGGCGGCGUACGUGUGUGUUGUGUAAUGAAUUGGGCUCCAAUAAAAAUGUGUCAGGUUGGCUACCGGGCCCAGUGUCAGUAGGUGCUGACGUGGCAGGUCAUCACUGGCCCUGGAGCUCGUGCCCGUGUAUGUUCUCGGUCUGUGUUGUGGUUUCAUCGUUAAAAAUGCUAGUAAUAAUUUUCCGUAUCUUUUUUUUUGUUAA